GCAGUACGUGUUCCCUUAAAAAUAGGCUUUUUCAUAUCAUUUUUGCCCAUCAGUUUGAAGGCUAUCUCUGGCUUAAAAAAAACAACUGGCCUUAAUUAAUGCCCAAGUACUAUUGUGAUUACUGCGACGCAGUUUUACAGCAUGAUUCGGAGUCUGGCAGAAGGACCCAUAAUCAAGGUAGAAAGCACAAAGAAAAUGUAAGGCAGUGGUACACUAACUGGGUAAUGGAGAAUCCUGAGGAAGCUAUGAAGUACGGAGCUAUGCCUCAUCUUUUUCCUGGGAUAAUGCCCACCCCUCUCCCGGGUUUACCUGGACUUCCGAUACCAGGCUUGAUGCCCGGCCCUCUUCCUGGUCUCUUGCCCGGUCCUAUGCCCGUUCCCUUCCUCGGACCGCCCGGUUUUCCGCUCCCGUCUGGCCCAUUCCCUGGAGUUGCUGGAGGCCCUCCACCUCCCUUUAAUCCAAUGGGGCCUCCGGGACGACCUCCUAUAAAUGGUCCUCCGGGCAGCCCGUUCCCUCCUGUGAGUGCAAGUACUUUGGGGGGGUUGAUCUCUUCCACUCCCGCAGGCAAUAACCCUAUUGACCAGCAAGGCAACUUGUAUUCAGCGCCUUCUGGGCUUAUUGGCCCCGGUGGCCCCACUCAGGCCGAUGCGUCUCAAGCCCCACCUGGUAUGGAACAAAAUCAAUUUAGAAUUGGACAGGGACCACCGCGGGCACCGCCUCCGGGCGUGCGUCCACCUUCUAGCUUGAACUUGGAAGCCUCCGGGAUGCAGGGCUCUUCCGGACUGCCCCAUCCUCUCGGGCAGCCCAUUUUUGUGCCAAACUCUAAUUUUGGCCCCGGUGCUCCGGGAUACCAGCCUUAAAUAACUUUUUAAUAUUUGCUUCAACGUUCGUAAUUUAUCUUACUGAGAAUUAUAUAGUAAUGGCAAUAUUUUCAGCCUAACGGCCAAGUCUUUGCUACAAGUUAUUGUGUAGAAUUUUUAAAA